AUGACGUUCCCUUCCGCCUGUAGGGAUGAGGUUGCAGCAAGGACCACCUCUCCGGCUCCCAGCAAGGGCGGGCGGAUGCCCUUUCCGACGAACAAAAGCACAUCCCGUUUCGUCCCUCAAAGGACCAAGGCGCAGGCCGAAAGAACCAUCCCCGUGCUUCCCGUUGUGGUCCUCAUGCUGGACGGCACGGCCUACGAGGCCUGA